AUACUUUUAGUGCAGUAGUAGUAGUAGUAGUAGAAGUAACUUGUGCGUGAUUCUUUUGCAGUUUUUUUAGGACUUUUGUUCACUUUUUUCAUGUAGGAAUCUUUUCAGUAUUGUAUUGGCAGCAUACUCCUACUGUAACAUAAUUCAUUCUAUAUCAUUACCAAAAUAUGUGUCACACGUAGAAAAUGAGAUCGGAGAUCAAAUUCAACUGAACGACAGAUCAGAUAUCUCAUAUUUGUAGAAACAAGUCUGGAACCACCAAGUGAAAAUAACACAUAAACAACACUCCACAUCCUUCACUGACAAAAAAUGGGUGAAUUCGACUCUGAUUCCGACUCAGACGACUUGGAGGCCAUGUUUCCCGACAGUCCCGGACCGGAGGAUGUGAUAAAAAUAGAACAGACACAGAAAUCAGCAAAAGAGAAAUCUCGUAUCUCCCUAACUCAACCGGCCUCCCUCUCGGGACCAACCAUCAGCAAAAAGCUGAAACCGCUGUAUAUCAGCAUGCUGAAGAAGGAGGUAUUCAUCUUUUCCGCGACAAUAUCAGACGACAACAUGAGAAUAAUCCCGGAUGGUAUGAACCUGAUAAAAGAAAUGAAGUUGGAUAAAAUGGACUUCAAGACAAUGCAGAAACUAGUGGAUGAGUAUUUAAAAGAUCUGCGGAGGGUCACCCCUUUUACAGAGUACAAAAAGCCCAGGUACGUAUUCGUGAACAAUCUCUUGAAGCCCAUUCUCAUCUCCUUCAUACCACAUGGGUCAGACUUGGACAAGAAGAUGUAUUUUGAAGGGACAACAAUGAGUCUGAAAGCAUCCCUAAAGUGCGCUCUCCCGAUACAGCACGCCAAAACAUACGAAGAGCUAGAGCUUAUGAUCAAAACAGCGGCUAAACAGUACCGACAGAAACAACUGGAAUAGUUACUCUAUUAAAUUUUAACCGGCAAUUGUAGCCAGACAUUAUCGGCAGAACUAUUUGUCAGACUCAGAGACACUAUUAGUAUUAUUUGGGGACAAUGUUCGCGUCCCCAAAAAUUAUCAUACCAGGCCACGGUAAGCGGACUGAAUUCCUACCGAACAGAAUCCCUGCGGUGAACUUCGCAAACUAAAGACAAAAGCUGGUGUGUUUUCACAGACUUUUGAUUUCUGUUCAAAUUGAAAUAGAAGAUUCUACACGCUUCUAAAUGUUCAAUGUUUCAGCCAAUAUCUUGUACGGUACACGCCUAAUUACUGUGAAGUAGGUUGUCACUUUUCGCUCUCUCGAGUGGGAAGAGCAUGACGUCACACCACGUGUCAUGACGUCACACAUAUACGAAUACCAUUCGAAAUCUUCCUUUUUUCCGAUACGAUAGUUAAUCGAAUACCGUUUGUUGUGUUUUUCACGUAGCAGUUACUGUGACUAGCAACGUUCCGAAGAAUGAAGAUAGUAUUUAUAUUGAGCGAUGUUCCGGAGAAUACAGUGCAGGUGGUGUUAGCAAGCAGGAUUUCCGAUAUGCUCAAUCUGUUUUGCUUGUUGACUGUUGAGUUCUGUGAAUGUUAUUACAUGUAUCAUUACUUGUAUUGGACAAUGCAUACAACUUGUUAAAAAAUAAUAAAUUAAUGA